GUGAUGCAUAUUGAGAAGAAUUUUUUUGAGAACAUCAUGAAUACAAUAUUGAAUGUUCCAGGGAAGACAAAAGACAAUCAAAAAUCGAGGUUGGACUUGCCUGAUAUUUGCUCAAGACCCGAGUUACAUAUAAAAAGCAAUGGACAAGUUCCUGUACCGGUAUUCAGAUUGUCUUCAGAACAAAAGUCGGUCUUGUUCAACUGGGUUGCAUCAGCAGUGAAGUUUCCUGAUGGGUAUGUUUCAAACCUCUCUAGAUGUGUUGAAAAGGGCCAAAAGUUCUCCGGGAUGAAGAGUCAUGAUUGUCAUGUCUUUAUGCAAAGACUACUUCCCUUUGCAUUUGCGGAGCUACUUCCAACAAAAGUACAUGAAGCACUUGCAGCCAUUGGAGCAUUUUUCAGGGACUUGAGCACUCGCACUCUUAAAGAGGAUGUCGUAGAACAACUUCACGAGAACAUUCCGAUCUUAUUGUGCAACUUAGAGAUGAUAUUUCCUCCCUCAUUUUUUGACGUCAUGGAGCAUUUAGCUGUCCACCUCCCGUAUGAGGCAUUGCUUCGAGGACCAGUACAUUAUGGAUGGAUGUAUCAGUAUGAGCGGGCCAUGAAAUAUUUGAAGGGAAAGGCAAAAAACCUCGCAAAGGUUGAAGGUUCUAUAAUUGCUGGAAGUUUGACGGAAGAAACAUCUCACUUCACAUCGUACUACUUUGCACCUAAUGUACGGACCCGACAAAGAGCUCCAAGAAGAUAUGAUGAUGGUGGUGUUGCCCCAACAUAUGCAGUUGCUGGUGUUCCAGAUAUCUUUAGCCAGAUUGGGCGAAUGGGUGGGAAAACGAAAGAGGUUUGGUGGUCGAGUGAUGAAGACGCCCAUAGUGCACACACUUACAUUCUACUUAAUUGUGAGGAUCCAUUUAUGCGCUAUUUUGAAAGCCUAUUUGUUAGUCAAGUCCAAGAAGCUAUCCCAGGCAUAUCCACAAGUGAGGUAGAUAAAAGGAAAGAUCGACACUUUAUUAAAUGA